AUGGCAGACACUACUAGUUCCCCCAAUUUUUCUGUCGAUGACCUCAAAAAACAUGCAAUGAAGGUUUUCAAGGAUGCAACCAAAGGCUAUGAGCGCGUCUAUUAUAAAUUUCUCAUGAUUCACAACUAUGACGACCUUAACGAAUAUGCAAUUUCGGUGUUCGAUGCUCUGGUAAUUGACAACUUUUUUACUGAGCAAGCCAGAGAGCUUUUUAAGCCUCGCUCAGGGUUGCCUGUACUACCGGACGUGGCCAUCCUCACUAUGGUCAUGAUCACCUAUGCCAGUUCCGGCAACACCAACGCUGCUCUAAUGGUCUACAAGCAAAUGUUAGCCACUGAUGUUACCCCCACCUCUUUGACCUACGCUGCACUCAUCACUGCACUUACAACAGACUCAUCUUCUGAUUUCAAAUAUGUUGGGUAUGCCAAGAAGUAUUUUUUGGAAAUGUUGGAUAGGGGGAUAAAGCCCCAUUCUAGCUCUUACAUAUCCGUGUUCCAAGCCAUUGCAGCCCGGGAGUCGGUCGAGAAGGCCAGCGAGUUCCUUAAGCAGAUAAAAGCAAAGGGGUUCAUCCCCGAGUCAAAUGUUCCUUGCUUUGAAGAAGACAACCUCACAGAAUCAAUGAAUGCACUGAACUGGCAUGGAGAUCUCAUCAACAAUACCAGUGACAAGCAGAUGAAAAAAGUCUUCAGUAAGUGGAACCAAAGCUACCUUAAGAAACAGUCGAAGAAAAUGUGCGAUGCUUUGUUAAAGGAUGGCUAUAGAGAAGAGUACAUAGAGUUCUAUAAGCGCAACUAUGCAACUGGCAUACUUCCAAUGGUGGCACUCUACACCAGCGUUAUUGAAGCCUACCUUGAGCGUGGCAAGACCAAGGGUGCUCUAGAGGCGUACCAGCGAAUGUUAGCUACUGGGGUUGCCCCAAACUCCGACACUUACACUGUUUUAAUCAAGGGACUCUCUGCUGACCCCAACUUCGUCAGAGAUGCCAAGAAGUGCUUGCUUGAGAUGAUGGAGAGGGGGAUGAGGCCCAAUGCUGCAACCUACACUGCUGUGAUAGAGAGCUUUGCAAAGCAGGAGGACAAGGCAUCUGAGGAGGAGUGCAAAGAGUUGGUGGAGGUGAUGAUGGAUAAGGGGUUUGUGCCAAACGCAAAGGCUAUGAUGGAGGUUUUAAAGGGAAGGCCAACAACAGUAAGAAGGGUCAUGAACAUUGUUCUUUCCAAGUUGAAGGGCUGA